AGAACAUUUAUGAAUUUAUUAUUUUAAUAAAAAUGAAUAAGCUUCUAGCUCUCUCUGUUGGAUCAAUAAGUUUGAUAGCAGGAAAAUUAAAAAUUAUGGGAGGAAUUAAUUAUUUCAAAAAACAUGAAGAGGUAUGAGUCUUUUUAAAAUAAGAUUGCACUUAAUGAUAAAACUAUCUUGAUAACUGGUGGAACAGAUGGGAUUGGAUGGGAAACAGCUAAAAAGCUAUCAAAAGCCAAAAGUAUAAUUAUUGCAGGAAGAAAUGUUGAAAGGAUAAAAUCAGAAUUACUAAAUCACAAAAAUAUUUAAUUCAUGUAUUUAGAUUUAAAUGAUUUGGAUAAUGUGUAGGAUUUUUGUUAGAAAUUUAAAAAGACUUAGAAUAAAUUAGAUAUUCUGAUUAAUAAUGCAGGAAUUUAUAAUUUAGAAUUUAAACUCACGAAAUAAGGAUUUGAAUAGAAUUUCGGUGUGAACUAUUUAUCUCCUUUUCUACUAACCUAUAAUUUACUUGAUUAAAUUACAAAUGAGUAAGAAUCAAGAAUUAUUUUUGUUGCCUCUCGUGCCCACACGGAUUCUCCACGUUAAGUGGAUUUUAACCUUUAUCUAAAUUAAGAACCAAUUCCAUAUCCAUGGCAUAAAAUUUACGCAAUUUCUAAGUUAGCUAAUGUGUACGAAGCAUCUUCAUUUGCAAACUAUUUAAAAAAUACUAAUAUUAAAGUUUAUACUUUACAUCCCGGAGUUGUUAGAACUAAUAUGCUUAAUUAGUUUAAGUUUCAUUCAUUUUUAGCUCCCAUUGUAUGGUAUUUCACAAAAACUCCUGAAUAAGGAUCUGUUACUUCAAUAUUUUUAGCCACAUAACCAAACCAAAAAUUAAAAAAUGGAUAUUAUUAUAAAGAUUGCAUUCCUAAGUAUCUAAAAGAAGACAAUAAUUUACUAUUUGAUAACACAAUAAAGUUAUUUAAAAAAUUUGGGUACAUAAAAUGA